UUCAACAAGCUUCUGACGAUGAAGGAUGUUUUGUUGAAAAGAAAUAUUACAACGCUGAUGGAUGUAAGUGAAAUUUCAACAGAACGGUAUAGAACAGAUUUGUCAAAUUACUUGAAUGAAAGCAACUCGUCAUCCGACGAUGAAACAAUGUAUGUACAAAUAGCCGAUCGCUGGAAAGAGGCAUGGAAUCUUGGGGUGCAGGUUCCAGUGCAUAAGUUUCAAGAACCUAUUAUUUGCUAUUCUCCAGUUUCUGAUAUCCGAAAAUUACAACCACCAUCUUUUAGAGAUGAUUUACUGAUCUCAGUGUAUGACUGUCCAUAUGUAGGUGCUAAACAUAAACGUAUAACCAUGCCGAGAUUACUCUAUUACUCGUCUGAUGAAGCCGAUCUGAUGUUUCUGUACAAAUUGAACGAAAAGCGCAUUAAUGCUGGUGUGACACCUAUGAGUGCAAGAACUCUAGGCUCAGUUAUGAAUGAGUUAGAAUUCUCUUGCUAUAAGGCUAUUCAUGUCAACAUUCUCUCAUCACUUAUUUCUCGUGUUGGCUCCACCGAUACAUGCUAUUGUGAUAUUUGCCACCAAUUCGAUUUUGAAGAAGACGAUGAAAUAAUUUCUUGUCAUGGUUGCAAAGUAGUUGUACAUCAGUCCUGUUAUGGACUUGACUCUGUGCUUACCAAGGAGUGGCUGUGCCAAAAAUGCGAGAUCUUAGGACACAAAGCUUCCCCCUCAUGCUCACUUUGUCCUUUAAUUGGUGGUGCUAUGAAAUGCACUCAAGAAAAGGACAAAUGGGCACACAUUGCUUGUGCUUUGUGGAUAAAGGAAGUUCGCUUUAUCGAUGCUGUUCACCGUGCACCAAUCUCAAAUUUAAGUGAUGUGCCACUUUCUCAGCGAAUGUUGAGGUGGAGUUUUUGGCAUUGUUUCAAAUGUGGCCAAUGCUCAGUAUGUGACAUGAAGCAAGGUGUUUGUAUUCACUGUUCAGUCGAGACUUGCAUGGUUGCCUUCCAUGUGUCUUGUGCAUUCCGAAGUGGACAGAUCGGUAUAAGUGAAAAAGAUAACAAUCAGGUAAUGCGAAUUGAACAUGAUGAUGAUGCAAGGGAUAGUAGUGUGCGUAUGGUUAGCUUCUGCAAAAAUCAUUCAAAACAGAAGUGUCCUUCUGGGAAAUCUUGUACUUCUGCUGUUUAUUCCGAACCAGUGUUAUCGUUGUUUCGAUUUUUCGUAUUGGUUUUGAAUAUGAUCUUGUUGCAAAAGAUGGAACGUAACUUUUUCGCAUUUGUUAACGUGGAGGAUAUUGCGAGCAAGUUAUCAGUUACUAAAGAUAUGGUCGCGGAUGUAUAUGAUUACUGGAAGUCACGUCGCAUUGGUAAUGACUGCAAGUCGAUGAUGACCAACAAAUCAUGCAUUGAUCUGGAAAUUCUUUCUCUUUUGCAAUCAUCUCCUCUUGCUUUUUAUUCUUGUGCACUUCGAGUUCAAGCGAUGCUGCGCGUAGAAUUGGAAAAAAGAGAGAGAGAGAGGGAGAGGAACGUGACUUUUUCGGAAGAGGAACAGUUCGAUGAAAAUCGUUAUCAUUUAGCUGAUUAUUCUGUUGUAGUUAUUUAUGUUAUGGUGCGUGCUUUGUGUUACAUGGUAGGAAGACGGGAAAAGCUGAAAUUAAAUGCAUUCCAGUGUUGGAGUAGGAGAUAUCAAUGUAUAUUUAGAACGUUAAAAGAAAAGAACAUUCCAUACAGCAGUAGAGCUUUGCAUCGCUUUUCCAACGCAAUUUAUUAUUAG